CAUUUACAAAUUUUAAUGAUUAACGAUGCUAUUGAUCUUAUUCAAUAAGCAUUUGUAAUAAUGGUGGUGUGUGACAAGUGGGUGGCACUCAAAGUGUUUGAAGUUUUACUUUGCGGUGCUUGCGUGGCGACCAAACGAGUAACAGACGAUGAGGCUUCAAGAGGUUUUCUCCUGCGCCAAAAAUUAUCACGAGAAUGGUCCCUGCUGAAUAAUAUAACAUGGAGCCAAGCAGGAUCAUCUCUGGCCGACGCAGUAUAUGGAGGAUAUGUCAUUAUCACCGCGGGACUACUUUUCGGAAGAAUAUUUUCCGGUAGUAGCGCUUCGAGAGCGGGCAGUGUUGCGGAAAAGUUUUUGUUAGGAAUCGGCGCCGUGUUAUUUAUUAUAUUAGGUUCUUUAGAAUUGGCUUCGCUCGACUCAAUACCAGAAAAUCUUUUAGACAACGCAGCAAUUUUAGGAUGUUUAUCAUUAUUAGUUGCUGCAUUAUUUAUCGUAGACGCUGCACGGAAAAGUUCCGGACUCAAAGUAUCAGGAUCACAGACAGAACCUGCGAGCGGAUACGCUAGAUUCGACGACGUCACGGACGGUGUGGCCCAAUUUACGAAAUUUGGUUCUAUUAGAGAUGAGUCAAUGCAAGAAAAGGAGAAAUCAAAUUUGCAACGGGAAUACCAAGAGCAACAACUAGAAACCCAACAACAGCAGCACCCAUCGCAAUACCAGCCCCACAUGGUUGCUGUUCUGCCGAGAGAACCAGCCCCGCAAAGGUUAGAACAAGUAACCAGCGUCAUUUUACCAACUAAACAGAGCCCGGUGUUCUCUCGAGUGACUUCUGGAGACAGGGCUGUAAUCACCAGGCAGGGUGAUUGUCAUGAAUCAGAAAUAACUCCAACCAGCCCCGGAUUUGUCCAACAAGCUGCUAGACAAUGGGAACGAGCGGCAAAGACCAAAAGCAAAAUGCCAGGAACAAUCACGCAAUGCUGA